AUGUGUAUCGCAAAUUUUUUUAUAACAAAUUCAUUAGUACAUAUUAUUAAAUUAUAUCUAUUACUUUAUUUUUUGUUUAUCGUAACAGAUAAUACCAAUUUCUACGUGAAAACAUUCAGAGUUAUAAAAUGCAGUUCCUUAACAACAUACAAUAAUCUAAAUAAAUUAUGUAGCAAACAAUUUGCCGAAUGCAUAGUAGAGUAUGAUGAUUUGGAUAAAGUAUCAAUUGAUAAUCCCACUGACUACAAGCCUGAUGUGUUGAGGAAUAUGUCUAUUGAAGACUUGGAAAAGACAAUAACAAAUACCAGGAGGAUUAGAAGGAAGAUGGAGUUAGUUAGGAAAAACAAUCCUAUGGAAUUUGUUAAAUCAAAUUACGAUAUUGUACGAAAGUUGCUUGCAAGAUCGUUAUUUAUUCGUCAUGAAAUUGAAUUGAAUCGAAGACGUAAACAAUUAAAUGAUGUUGUAAAGGAUGGAUAA